AUGCCAUCUUGUCCAUUAUGCCCGUCGCCUGGUACCCAGGCAACCUCCUUAACUGAAUUGGAAACGCACAUCAAAAUGAAGCAUGUAGUAGCGGGAAUAAGUUGUAAAUUCUGCCAGAAGGACCUCAAGAAUAAUGCUGCGCUAAUUCAACAUCUCGCAUCUAAGAGGCAUUACAAAUGCAAAGCGGGAUGUUCUCUGACAUUUAUGACAACCACAGAGCUCAGCACGCACGUCAGGGUGGAUCAUAACGCAGGACCUAAAGACCCUCCUGCAGCUGCCAGUAAAGCCAAAGCCACAAUCCCGGUCACGUUCCCCUGUGGCCCCUGUGGCAUGGACUUUAGCUUCUCCUCGUCUGGCGCUCUUGAAGAACACCAGUCGAUCAGCCAUCCUGUGCCCAAAGCACAACCCAGCGUUUGUUUGGGAUGUUCCAUGUGCAAGCAGACAUUUACCUCCGCAGACGAACUGUAUGGUCAUAUUCGCGUCGCCCAUCCCCUCGAAACAUCGGCCAAGAAAUGCAUACACCCGCGCUCAGCAACUGCGGGCUCCGAAGAAGGGCUUCAGCGCCACUACUUGCAGUCUUCAAAAGAUGCCCACCCGAAAUGUGUCGAGUGUGAUCUUGGGUUCAAAAACGACGCACAUCGCCAAACAUCCCACCCAGAGCCGCCCCGCCCUGUUUCUCCACCAGCUUCCUAUCGUUGUCUUUUGUGUAACAAUGUCUUCAAGCUUCAGUUGGCAUUGGAUGACCACACGGCCGCGAAACACUCUUUUCACUGUCUUUUGUGCAACGAUGUGUUCAAGCUUCAGUCAGCGUUGGAUGACCACACGGCCGUGAAACACUCUUUUCACUGUCUUUUGUGCAACGAUGUGUUCAAGCUUCCGUCAGCAUUGUAUGACCACACGGUCGCGAAACACUCUUUCACCUGCGGAAUGUGCGAAUUUAUUUGUCCGGAGGAGGAAGUUCUCAGGGAGCACAUCGCUUCAGCGCACUCGUGCCCCAUUUGUCAUGAGGGCAUCUUCGCAAACAUAGACCUUUUAAACGAGCACCUCGCGGAUCACGCUGCUCCCUAUCGUUGUACGCCGAUGAAGAAGGCCUACGUCAGCACCACAGAGAGUCCCCAGAUGUCAUACAUCCGUCCUCACACAGAAACGAUUCACCCUCAGAUACCCUGUCACCUGUGUGAUGGGGCAUUAUUUGAUCCUGGAGAGCUUUCUAUGCACUACUUGACAUCUCGCAACCAUCCCGUGUGCGACAAAUGUCAAGUCGGAUUCAGCGAUCAAGCUGAAUUUGCUAUGCACGGCGCAACAGAACAUCCAGAGGCAUAUUGCCACCUAUGCCAGUGGCAGUUUGAGUGCUCCGAGUCGUUGCAGAAUCACAUCCGACACUUCGUAGCACACCCCAAGUGCAUGGACUGUGAACUGAGAUUCGCAGAUGCGGAUGCCUAUCAACACGUUGGUUUUCUUUCUGGCCACGCAGUGGCGAGCCUGCAACAAGGCAAGAUUUCGACCCCGAUGCUUUGGAUAAUGUCCCUUUUCUCCCAAUCGAGUCGAACUCGACAUGGGGUUUUUCUGUUGAUCAUGAUCCUCCCCUAUGCCCCGUCCGUCCCCUUGCCUCCGAGUGCCAGUGGAUACUCCAGCCCCCUGUCCCAGAGGGUUCUAACACGUUCUAGUGUGGGAUCGCGGUCGUCCUCCAGGACGCUUUCGCCGCCUCCGAUCUGUGGCAUCAAAGUCUCACAGCUGGAGACUGGGCAUACCAUGGAUCAUUCCGAAUCCCCAGACUUUGAGCACUCGCCGCUUUCCAAUGUACCUGCAGUUGGUACACCAUUGAUAUCAAGCACAGACUUCCGUAGCCCCUUCAGUCCGCGCCCGGACCCUCCAGCACUCUUUCCUUCUCAGGAACUGAAUGGCGCCAGUCACAGCGAUCAAGAAUCUACUGCUUCUGCAAGGUCACCUGAGACAAACUCUCCGGUGAUAAAACUUCCCGAGAACGGCGCAUCGCCGAUGUCGAGCUCUGGGUGGUCCACAUUAAGUGGCGAGGAUGCGUCGAGGAUGUCAGACAAAUCGGAUGACUCACCAAGUCAUCGACCGGUGGGCCUUGGUGUGCCUAUGCUUCGCUUGCAAGUACCUGUGCCUAACGGGGGUUCUCAGACAGCCAGUAUUUUGGCGACGCCAAGCUCCAUUUCACCCGAGUCUGCAGGCAUGGAUAUUUCUGCGAAUGUGACCCCCGACUACUUGCGGGAAGCUCGUGCAUAUCUUGCUGUGACUCAUCCAGGACAAGCACCUUCGACUGUGAAUCAUCUUCAUAGCCCGGCCAUGACGUCCCCCAGUUUGACUUCGAUCAGCCUCACCACAGCCUCUCGCGAGCGACGCCGUGAAGUACGAUUUGAGGAUAGUAUUAUGUCGGAGCCGUUGUGGGAAAACCAAUCAUCUGACUCGACCGAUUCCUCCUUCGAUCCUCCUGUGCUUCAAGGCAGGCGAAAAUACGGCGUACAAAAGAAAUCAGAUUUAGAGUUGACAAUGAGCACAGGUGCCAGCAAACUUCCUCGUUUUGCACCACUCAAACCGGGACGAGUUGCGGGAAGGAAUGGGGAUUUGUCGACGGGAGACAUGCGAGGAUCUGACGACAACGACUUGUGGACACCUGUUCUGCAACGCUAUUCGGGUCUUGCCUGUCUGUCGUGCAUUGUCGUGGAGUACCGAUUUCGACGCUGUGUUGCACUCAUAUCAGCCUCAAACAUCAACUCGUAUUGCGUGUGGGCACUUGAAGACAAUUCGAAAGUUGUGACACUUCUCUCUCCCAUUGUCCGAGAGAACUGUCUCGCGUAUACCCAUCUUUCCCUCCGUCGGCAACUGCAGCAUCUUCAGGCCUGGUGGUGGUGUGACAGGAAUUUCAACAGUGUCGACGCGAGUCGAAGCACGGGUUUGAGUGCACUCACUGCGACCGUGUGUUCAAGACUUCAGACGGAAGAGACCAGCAUGAGAGAACAAAGCAUUGCUUCUCUUGCGGCAUUUGCGAUCGACAAUUCAGCUCUGAAGAAGCCUUGGAUCAACACAAUAGAACGAAGCAUUGCUUCCCUUGCGGCAUUUGCGAUCGACAAUUCAGCUCUGAAGACGCCUUGGAUCAACAUAAUAGAACGAAGCAUUGCUUCCCUUGCGGCAUUUGCGAUCGACAAUUUAGCUCCCAAGAAUCCCUGGAUCAACACAAUGAGGCUAAGCAUUCUGGAUACGAAUGCAGAUACUGCGAUAAAGAAUUUACGUCCGAUGGGGCCCGUAUCCAGCAUCAGAAUGCGAAGCAUGGAUCCCACCCACACACUGUUUAUGCACCUUCCUGCGACUGCUCCUGUAGAGCAGCCUAGUGUAUCCAUAUUCGGUGCUUCAUUCACGCAGAAACCCACCCCAGAACAUCCUGAUGAUAAGGAUGUCUUGAUGACGCAGUCACCAAAGGUGGAGGUCGCUGCACCCAACCCGGUGGCGAAUUUCGCAUGUGGAACCUGUGGAAAACCUGUCGCAACGAUCGUAGCUCUGGAGGCCCACGAGUCGCAGCAUAGAGUUGAUUCAUGUGCUUGCACAAUCUGCGAGAGAGCUGAAAGGCCUUGCAAUUGCAAUAUUUGCAAGCGCACCAACACCUCGACAGUAUCGGUGAAUGAGAAAGUUCCUGAUCGUGUUGUGACUAGCGAGCCCGAAGAAAACACGUUGCCUACGGAUCCACUUGGGGCUAUCGAACCUAAGGUAGUCGAGGACUCUUUGGUUGGGUCCUGUGAUUUGGUCAUGACCCUGGAAUCCCAAGGAGCUACCGAUCUAUCAGUUGAUUGUAGCGUUCCAGUGCAGGGCAUGUACUUGCAGGAUCAACAAUCCUUGGUAGAAUUGGAAAGCGAAUUGUGCACAAAGCACUCGACUUCCGCCCAGACACCAUUACCCUUACAUCACGAGCACCACAGUCUUGAUGAUCCAAUGUGUCCUUCUGAUGUUGCUAUGAAAUUAACGGAGGAAUCUAACGUUAUCAACCCCCAAUCGGGUUUUGCAUCCAUGGAAUGCGACACCAUUCCUUGCCAUCCGAAUGUGCUAGAGCAACAUUCUGCACUCGAUGCUCACGCCAUCGUACAAGAUUCAGCAGUUUAUGAACGCAUGGGUUCAAGCCAACCUGACUUUUCUCUUGAGUUGACUUAUCCGGAAACCCAAGAUCACAAUAUGUCCCCUCCCGAGACACCCAACGACCACCCGACAGUUCUCGACAUAGACAUGAGCCACGAGCAGGUCGAUAACCCUCUAGAGCGUGACCCCCUCGUUCCUGGAUUGGAACCUGAUUUCACGUCCUCAUCACUCUCGACAGAAUCCCCUGCAAAUAGCAUACUUGUACCCGUGCAAGUCCACUCUCCCCAUGUUCGCAUCUCUGAGCUGCAGCCUCUCACUGAGUCAGGCGAGCCUUUCGUUCGCAACCUUGUUCCUUCUCCGACCCCAUCUGAGCAUGGUAGCUGGGGGUCGCGUAGAAUUACUCAGGAUGAUCACUUGCAUUCCGAAAACCGUCCUCUACACUCUCCGAUGACUUCUGAAGGUUCCACUGGUUAUUUCUCCGAUGCCGAUCGCUCCUCGACUCCAUCAAGCCCUCUUUCUGACCAUUCCAUUGUCUUCGUAUCUGCGAACUCCAUACCCGAGUACGUUAGAGAGAACCGUGCAUAUCUGGUUGCAACAAGCGCUCCGUCCCAACCUUCCUCAGCAGCGUCUAGUUGUGUCCGUUUACCCUCAGUGGUCACUUCGUUGGAGUCUCUGCCAGAUCAAAAUGAUCAUGCUGAGGUGCCCUCUGCCGCCACGAACGGCCAAUCUCCCCUCUACUGCAGAAUUUGUCUUCGAGAUCCUUGCGAUGAUCCGACUGCGACGAUGUGCGGCCAUAUCUUUUGUAACAGUUUUCCUAUCCAAGUGGCGUACAUUCAUUGCGCACCGCUAAGCAGUAUCAUAGCACUUGUUCAACGUCGCAUGGGAAAUUCCAUUGCAAACUUGACUGAAUUCAAUUGA